GUAGCGAGGGCUGCAGUCGCCUCCUCCCUAGCGCUGCCGUCGCAGCCUAGAGGUUAUAAAAGGGCUAACUGGCUCCCUCUGCUGCCCAGUCGCGCCGCCAGCGGGCUGAGGGGAAGGAGCAGGUAUCGGGCCCAAGAGCAGGCUACAGGGGACUGAAGAACGCGCCGCCCCUCCCGCCCCACUUCCCAGGUGUGUGAACCUGAAAAAUUAAGUCUUCCAAGAUGAUCUGGUAUAUUUUAAUUGUAGGGAUUCUACUUCCCCAAUCUUUGGCCCAUCCAGGCUUUUUUACUUCAAUUGGUCAGAUGACUGAUUUGAUCCAUACAGAGAAAGAUCUGGUGACUUCCCUGAAAGACUAUAUUAAGGCAGAAGAGGAUAAAUUAGAACAAAUAAAAAAAUGGGCAGAGAAAUUAGAUCGACUAACUAGCACAGCGACAAAAGAUCCAGAAGGAUUUGUUGGGCAUCCUGUAAAUGCAUUCAAAUUAAUGAAACGUCUGAACACUGAAUGGAGUGAGUUGGAGAAUCUGGUCCUUAAGGAUACGUCAGAUGGCUUUAUCUCUAACCUAACCAUUCAGAGACAGUACUUCCCUAAUGAUGAAGAUCAGGUUGGGGCAGCCAAAGCUCUGUUGCGUCUCCAGGACACCUACAAUUUGGAUACAGACACCAUCUCAAAGGGUAAUCUUCCAGGAGUAAAACACAAAUCUUUUCUAACAGUUGAGGACUGUUUUGAGUUGGGCAAAGUGGCCUACACAGAAGCAGAUUAUUACCAUACAGAACUGUGGAUGGAACAAGCACUAAGGCAGCUGGAUGAAGGCGAGGUUUCUACCAUUGAUAAAGUCUCUGUUCUAGAUUAUUUGAGCUAUGCGGUAUACCAGCAGGGAGACCUGGAUAAGGCACUUUUGCUCACAAAGAAGCUUCUUGAACUAGAUCCUGAACACCAGAGAGCUAAUGGUAACUUAAAAUAUUUUGAAUAUAUAAUGGCUAAAGAAAAAGAUGCUAAUAAGUCUGCUUCAGAUGACCAAUCUGAUCGGAAAACCACACUGAAGAAAAAAGGGGUUGCUGUGGAUUACCUGCCAGAGAGACAGAAGUACGAAAUGCUGUGCCGUGGGGAGGGUAUCAAAAUGACUCCUCGGAGACAGAAAAAACUCUUUUGCCGUUAUCAUGAUGGAAACCGGAAUCCUAAAUUCAUUCUGGCCCCAGCUAAACAGGAGGAUGAGUGGGACAAGCCUCGUAUUAUUCGCUUCCAUGAUAUUAUCUCUGAUGCAGAAAUUGAAAUUGUCAAAGAUCUAGCAAAACCAAGGCUGAGCCGAGCUACAGUACAUGACCCUGAGACUGGAAAAUUGACCACAGCACAGUACAGAGUAUCUAAGAGUGCCUGGCUCUCUGGCUAUGAAAACCCUGUGGUGUCUCGGAUUAAUAUGAGAAUACAAGAUCUAACAGGACUAGAUGUUUCCACAGCAGAGGAGUUACAGGUAGCAAAUUAUGGAGUUGGAGGACAAUAUGAACCCCAUUUUGAUUUUGCACGGAAAGAUGAACCAGAUGCUUUCAAAGAGCUGGGGACAGGAAAUAGAAUUGCUACAUGGCUGUUUUAUAUGAGUGAUGUGUCAGCAGGAGGAGCCACUGUUUUUCCUGAAGUAGGAGCUAGUGUUUGGCCCAAAAAGGGAACUGCUGUUUUCUGGUAUAAUCUGUUUGCCAGUGGAGAAGGAGAUUACAGUACACGGCAUGCGGCCUGUCCAGUGCUAGUUGGAAACAAAUGGGUAUCUAAUAAAUGGCUCCAUGAACGUGGACAAGAAUUUCGAAGACCAUGCACCUUAUCAGAAUUGGAAUGACAAAUAGGCUUCCCUUCCUCUCCUGCUAUACUCUAAUGUGUCUGAUAUGCACAUUUCCCAGUCUUAACUUUCAAGAGUUUACAAUUGACUAACACUCCAUGAUUGGUUUCAGUCAUGAACCUCAUCCCAUGUUUCAUCUGUGGACAAUCACUAACUUUGUGGGGUUUUUUUCCUUUUAAAAGUAACACUAAAUCACCAUAUUGUACAUAUAAACCUUUAAAGUUCAGUUGGUAUCACAGAGGAUAAAGCAAGGUAGAGUUAAAAAAUAAGGAAUUUUUACAUUUAUAUCUUAAAGAACUUCUUGGUUGGAUUUAAAAAAAACACUUUAUGCAUCUGAUUAUAGUAUUUCACUACA